AAGCUGAGUGAUGCAAUCUCUCAGGGUAAGAGGAGCCCGGGAAUGAAUCAAGACGUGUUCUCACACUCCCCAGCAGCCCCUAGCCGUCCUACUUGGUCAGCAUCACUGCCCUGGCCAAGGCCAAGGCCAGCCUACGUGGGCCCACCCCUUCUGAAAACACGCUGUCUUUCCUGCUCACCUCUGCCCAGAGGGAUUCAGUGGGAAUCAUCUGCCGCGGGGUCAGACUUAUUUCUCAUUGCUGCCGGGAAUCAGCGCAGGGAGUAUCAGGAGCAACAGACCGUUUUCUUGGCGGUGCCAGAAGAGAACAUCAGUGCCAGAGUUGAAUGUUUGACAUGUGGAGGGAAGGACUGUAGUUCUCUCUGCAGUUUCUGCGAUGGGAAGAACCAGUGCCCGAGGACCAGAAAACUUAGACUUGAGGUGAAGCAACUCGCUGGAAGUCCAUGCUUUCCCCAACACGUGGCCACCAUUCCUAACCAGGGCCCUGACGUGAAUGACUGUGCAUGGAAGAAUCCAGGGACGCGGGCCAAGGCAAAUGUCUUCCCCACUCAGGGAGCACCCAGUCGCCAGCCCUGCUCGCCGGGGCUGGAGCAUCUCUCCCCACACAAAGGAAAGGGCAAGAAGCUGCUGAAUCGUGUUUUCCUCCCACCUGACCGUGUGUCUCUGAAGAUGAGUCAUUCCCUUUCCUCUCCCACCUUCCCGCCUCCCUCCCUCCCUCGCUCCUCCACCCAGUCAUUGAAUCUGGGAGGAACUGCUGCCCAGCCUGCUGCCCAGGCCUCUCUGCAAGGGGUGGGCCCCCAGGUCCCUCAGCCGGGCCUGGAGCCCUGGCGGUCAGCCUCCUUCAUUCACUCUCCUGAAGUACUUCUCUGGCAGCUCCCAUGUCUCAGGGACUGUGCUGGGCGCACAGGGGUGAGGACCACGAUCCCUACACUCAUAGGCCUGGAGCUGAGCGGAGGAGAGGAGUACUGAACCCCAAAUCAUAUGCAGUUAGCACUGUGAUGUGUGUUGUACAGAAGAAAGUACAGAGAGCUUUGAGAAGGUGUGAGGAGCUGCACAUCUGGAUGGAGUGGGGGAUGGUUAGGAAGCCCUCCCAGAACUGAGUAUUGAAAUGAGCCCUAAGGGAUAGAGGAGUGGGGAAAGCAGGGAGAGGAACCAGCAUGUGCAAAGGUCCUGUUGUCAAAAGAAGCUGGGUACUUUAAAGAAACAGCAAGAAAGGGUGUGGUGGACAUGCAGUAAACACGGGGAAAAGGGAAAGAGGAUGAGGCUGAAAAGAAAGGAGGGGCCAGACCAUGUGGGGCCUUGAAGGUCAGGCUAAAGAACCUCAAAAUCGAUCCCAAAGGCCAUUUGGCAGUUUCUUACAAAGUUAAACCUGUACUUACCAUGUAUUCCACUUGCUGUAUUUACCCAAAAGAAAUAAAACAAUAUGUGCACAAAAAGACUUGUAUACAAUUUUCAUA